AUGAAGUUCUUCAUCUUUGCCUGCCUCCUGGCUGUUGCUCUUGCAAAGCCUAAUAUGGAGCAAUAUUUUUCCAGUGAGGAAACUCUUGCCAACUCCCAAGAAGUAAGUUCAAGCUUAGAGAACAUUUGCACCACAUCCUGUGAGGAACCCAUAAAGAGUACCAGGAAAAUGGUAAAUGCCGAAGUUACCAAAGAGAUGAAAUACAAUGAAUUUUAUCGGAAGCUGGACUUCCUCCAAUAUCUCCAGGCUCUUUACCAAUAUCCGAUGGUUAUGAACCCAUGGACUCAAACUGCAUUGAGGACCCUUAUUCCCAACAUGGACAGAGAACAACUCUCCAACAGUGAGCAAUACGAGCAGGAAAUGGAUGUGGUCAUGCAAACCAGUGAGGAAAUCCCAGAGACAACUGCUGAUACGGAAUCAACUGAAGUAUUCACUCAGAAAACUGAGAUGACUGAAGAAGAAAAGAAUUUGCUAAAAUAUCUGGACCAAAUGAGCCAAUACUACCAGCUUAAUCUUCCCCAAUAUCUACAAGAUGUUCGUCAUUUUCAGAAACCCAUAACCCCAUGGAAUUAUUUCAGGAAAAUUGCUUACCAAAGUGCCCCCACUCUGGCAGUCACAGAAGAAAUGUAUCCUAUUGCCAAUACAGCAAACUAA